GCGGCAACAGCUGCAGCCACCGCCGCUCCUCCAGCUCGCAGGGCCGGUUGCAGAGUCCGCGGUCUCCGCUUGCAGUAACCAGGCUUCGGAGCUCUCCUCGUCUCGCGGCCGCUGCGCCUUGACUUCAGAGAAGACCCGGUCGGCUUGGAGCUACCGGGGCAGGCUUUGUUGGAGAUGAAGAAGGAUGGCCUGCCACAUGAUAGUCCUGCAGAGGUUUGAAGAGUAGAACUGUGAGGAGCUCUGAAUUUGAAUCCUGACUCUUUCACCAGUGGGGGCCUUGAGAAUAACAGACUGAAAAAAGUGUGCAGAAUCUGUAAUCAAAGGGACCCAAGAUGGUACUCUCCCUUUUAGCAGAGUCGGUGGUGAAAAUGUUGUUUCUCUCCUUCCUUCUGCAAAGCACACUCUCGCUGAACCCCGAUGAUCCCAAUGUAUGCAGUCACUGGGAGAGCUAUGCUGUGACGGUCCAGGAAUCCUACGCUCACCCUUUCGACCAGAUUUACUAUACAAGAUGUACAGACAUUCUCAACUGGUUCAAGUGUACGAGGCAUCGAAUAAGUUAUAAGACGGCGUAUCGGAGAGGCCUCCGGACCAUGUACCGACGGAGAUCCCAGUGCUGCCCAGGAUACUAUGAGAAUGGAGACGUUUGCAUCCCCUUGUGCACAGAAGAGUGUGUCCAUGGCCGCUGUGUCUCCCCUGACACCUGUCACUGUGAGCCUGGCUGGGGAGGUACUGACUGCUCCAGUGGCUGUGACAGUGACCACUGGGGUCCCCACUGUAGCAAUCGCUGCCAGUGUCAGAACGGCGCCUUGUGCAAUCCCAUCACAGGGGCCUGCGUGUGUGCUGACGGCUACCGGGGCUGGCGCUGUGAGGACUUCUGCGAGCCAGGGACCCACGGCAAGGGUUGUCAGCUCCCUUGUCAAUGCCACAACGGUGCCACCUGUGACCCUCGGACUGGAGAGUGCCACUGUGCGCCGGGCUAUACCGGUGUCUACUGUGAGGAGCAGUGUCCACCUGGGAGCCAUGGGGCACACUGUGACCUGCGUUGCCCCUGCCAGAAUGGAGGUACCUGCCAUCACAUCACAGGGGAGUGUGCUUGUCCCCCUGGCUGGACGGGAGUAGUGUGUGCCCAGCCCUGCCCGCCAGGGACAUUUGGCAUCAACUGCAGCCAGAGCUGCCCGUGCCACCAUGGAGGACAAUGUGACCAUGUGACGGGACGGUGCCAGUGUGCAGCUGGCUACAUGGGGGAUAGAUGCCAAGAGGAGUGCCCCAUUGGGACCUUUGGAUUCCAGUGUUCCCAGCGCUGUGACUGCCACAACGGGGCCCAAUGCUCUCCAGCCUCCGGUGCCUGUGUCUGCGACCCAGGCUACAAAGGCCCCCAAUGCCAGGAGCGGCUGUGUCCAGAGGGGCUGCAUGGCCCACAAUGUACCAAGCCUUGUCCCUGCAAUGCCACCAACACGCUCAGCUGCCAUCCUGUGUCAGGAGCUUGCACAUGCCAUGCAGGUUGGGCCAGCCCACACUGUAAUGAGUCCUGUCCCGCUGGCUCCUAUGGAGAAGGCUGUCGGCUGGUGUGUGCCUGUCAGAAUGGGGCUGACUGUCACAGCAUCACAGGGAGCUGCACCUGUGCCCCAGGCUUCAUGGGUGAAGUCUGUGCUAUGCCCUGUGCAUCCGGGACAUAUGGCCCCAACUGUUCAUCUGUCUGCACUUGCAAGAAUGAGGGUACCUGUUCCCCCAUAGAUGGCACCUGUACCUGUAAGGAAGGGUGGCAGGGGAUCGACUGCUCCCUCCCAUGCUCUGCGGGCACCUGGGGCCUGGACUGCAAUGAGACAUGCACCUGCUCCAAUGGGGCAGGCUGUAGCCCUAUUGAUGGUACCUGUUCCUGUUCACCUGGCUGGCUAGGGGAUACCUGUGAACAGCCCUGCCCGGACGGAACGUAUGGGCUGAACUGUAGCGAGCACUGUGACUGCAGCCACGCAGAUGGCUGCAGCCCCGUCACAGGCCACUGCUGCUGCCUGGCGGGCUGGACUGGUGUCCGCUGUGAUAGCACGUGUCCCCCAGGUCACUGGGGCCCCAACUGUUCCAUCUCCUGUAGCUGUGAAAAUGGCGGCUCCUGUUCCCCAGAAGAUGGGACUUGCGAGUGUGCACCAGGCUACAGGGGGCCCCUGUGCCAAAGAAUCUGCCCCCCUGGCUUCUAUGGUCACAGCUGCAACCAGCCUUGCCCACUCUGUGUGCACAGCAGUGGACCCUGCCACCAUGUCACUGGCCACUGUGACUGUCUCCCUGGAUUCUCCGGUUCCCUCUGCAACCAAGUGUGUGCUGGAGGAAGAUUUGGGAAGGACUGUGCUCAGCACUGCUCAUGCUCCAACAAUGGAACCUGCAGUCCUAUUGAUGGCUCCUGCCAAUGCUUCCCUGGCUGGAUUGGCAAGGACUGUACACAAGCCUGCCCACCAGGAUUCUGGGGCCCUGCCUGCUUCCACACCUGCAACUGUCACAAUGGGGCUGGGUGCAGUGCAGAUGAUGGGGCCUGUCGAUGUGCCCCAGGCUGGACAGGGCUCUUCUGCACACAGCGCUGCCCCACAGCAUUCUAUGGGAAGGACUGUGGGCGUGUGUGCCAGUGUCAGAACGGCGCCGACUGCGACCACAUCACUGGCAAGUGCUCCUGCCGGACUGGCUUUACAGGGCGGCACUGUGAACAGAAGUGUUCCCCAGGAACCUUUGGCUAUGGGUGUCAGCAGCUGUGUGAGUGUAUGAACAAUGCCACCUGUGACCAUGUCACUGGCACCUGCUAUUGCAGCCAGGGUUUCAAAGGCAUCAGGUGUGACCAAGCUGCCCUCAUGAUGGAAGAGCUGAAUCCCUACACCAAGAUCAGCCCAGCCCUGGGCUCAGAGAGGCACUCAGUGGGGGCCGUCGUUGGCACUGUCCUCCUGCUCCUCGUCAUCGUGGCCCUCUUGAGCCUGUUUGCUUGGCACCGGCGGAGACAGAAAGAGAAAGGCAAUGACAUGCCCCGAGUCUCCUACACACCAGCCAUGAGAAUGACCAGUACUGACUAUUCUCUGUCAGAUGUGUCUCAAAGUAGCAGCCAUGGUCAGUGCUUUUCCAACCCCAGCUACCACGCGCUGGCAUGUGGGGUGCCUUCCGAAACAGUCAGUAAUUUGGACAGGAACAGCUCCACUAAGCUCAGUAACAAAUCCCUUGACAGAGAUACGUCUGGGUGGACACCUUACAGCUAUGUGAACGUGCUAGACUCCCAUUUCCAGAUCAGUGCUCUGGAGGCCAGGUACCCGCCCGAGGACUUCUACAUUGAACUUAGACACCUUGGCCGCCCUGCUGAGCCAAACACACCAGGUGCUUGUGUGAUGGACAGACGUCAAAACACAUAUAUUAUGGAGAAAGGCUUCAAAGAUUACACAAAAGAAUCUGUAAGCAGCUCGAGUACGUGCUCUCUCAACAGCAGUGAAAACCCCUAUGCCACCAUCAAGGAUCCACCCCUCCUCACCUGCAAGCCCACAGAGAGCAGCUAUGUAGAAAUGAAGUCACCUGCUCACAGGGAUUCUCCAUACACAGACAUGCCGUCCUUGUCGGCAUCUAAUAAAAAUAUAUAUGAAGUUGAACCCACAGUCAGUGUGGUCCAAGAAGGCCGCGGUCAUAGCGCCAGCUAUAUCCAGAAUCCAUACGACCUACCUAGGAACAGCCAUAUUCCUGGUCAUUAUGACCUCCUCCCAAUAAGACAGAGCCCUGCCCAUGGACCCUCUCAGGACAAACAAUCUUAAAAAGGGAUAAACACGCUUGCGAUGUGCUGUGCUGGACACACUCUCUGACUCACUGAAAGAAGACAAUCCUUUGACUUGAAAUAAUGGUAAACAAGGAACACUGGUACACAACAACUCCUGCUGCAUGACGUUAAGAUCGUUUUUUACACUCUCCACCUAGGAAUAAUGAAUAACUUCCAAAGAGACUGGAAUAAUUGUCCAAUGAAGCUCUUUAUAUGGUCCACCCCCAAAAUAACACUCAACUUUCUGGACUGUGUUGUAACAACACUUUACAAGAUGAGCCAACACCAGCUGCAUAGACAAGUUGAGACAUGAGUGGAGAGCUAGUGGAACAUUUGGGGUUCAAAAAAAUACUGGGGAGAAGGUAAAGGGGAAGUGAGGGUGGCAGAGGAAAAGGGGUGCAUGUGGAAGGGGAACUACUUUAAAAGCAACCAAUCAAUAUGAUAUCUGUAUAUUUGGGCCAUGUCAUUACUAUACCCAUUUCUUUGUAUGCUGUUUUUCUUUGUAGUAAGUUGUUUUAUGUUCUUCUUUAGUACAGAGGUACAGAGAGAUGCCUCGUGCCAUCAUAUUAUCAGUGCUUCAAGUAGCUAUGACUAUAUUCUGGUUUCAUCAAAUCCCAAUGGCUCCAAGUCAUGGCCUGGUUGUCUCAAGAAGAAUUAUGUAUGUCAACUUAAGUGUAAAUCUUUUAAUAGUUUAACAGUUUAAUUUCCCCCUUUUUUGGCUUAAAGAUGGCUAUAUAGUUGUGAUUUUUAUAGAAAUAUAAAUAUUUCCAGAGCAACAGCUUUUUUCUGUGUCUAGAGUAAUGGCUUCAGGCUAGUUUUGCCACCUACCAUCACACACAAAAUUUUGGCAGUGUUAGUCACAGGUUCAUUAAGAUCUCCUUUGAUCUAGGACUAUCUUUGUACAACACCUCAGUCAUCGCACCUAAAAACUAGCUUUCAGAUGAGGUUUUAAAUAGUCAUUUGUGGAACAGAAUGAAGGGUACCUACAAAAUAGCUAUUAGGUCCAAUUUUUUUUAAAAGGUGAUAAACCUUGACAUAUAAGACUAAGAAUACCUGCUUUCAAGCAAUUCUUUGUAAAUUUUGAACUUGAUAUAGUACUGAGUCUAAAUGUGUACAGUUAUUAGGCAGAUGUGGAAUUAGAAAGAUGUUUGGGAAUUUUUUUUAAUGGAACCAAUUAGAACGAUCAACGGAAGAAUGAACUUUGAUCAGUUGUUGUAGCAUAAACAGAACCAUAGUAAAAAUCAGUUUCAGAAACUAGGAAGAAAAUUUUCUACUUUAGAACCAAUUGUUCCAAGGCAAUGAUGACCAAAAUUAUUGUUUCAACGUGAUCUAAGUCUUGGUGUUAAGGUGGAGGUGGAGCUCUCAAUCUCUACUCUACUAAUAGCAUGAUAGGACUUUUAGCAGGUAAGCUGAGGUUCUAUCAAGUAAGUCAGAGACAAAGUCAACACUUCAACCCUUACAAUAACAUUCACAAGAGAACUUUGAGUCAAUGGCAAGCUGAAAAAAAAAAAAACAAAAAAAAAACACCAACCCAUGCCAUAACUGUUACCUCAUCAUGCUCCAACAUUGAUCCAUUCACCAAGGAGCACUUCCAUGGAGUCCACAAAGGAGUAACGAAAUGACUAGUGAAGACAGAAAUGUUUCUAUAUGGAAGUAAGAGCAUUUCAAAGCCCUUAAUGCAAAUGAUAAUCUGCUGUAUAAAAAAUUAAUAGUUAAAGCAUUAACCAGAGAAAGAAAAAAACGUUUCCAUACAUAGGCUUAAGUGGAAGUAGAUUUUCCCAUCAUGGGAUGAUCAUAAUAUUUACAUGAAUGCUGCAUGUAUGCAUGGGAGCAAAUGGGUGAUCAGCAAUAGCAAUUUUAUGUUCCAGAAAAGCCUUAUAAAAUAUAAUUCAAGAUUUAUUUUGUAGAUGCAGGUAACUUUUACACAAAUAUAUGUACAUAUAUAUAUAUAAAAAGAUUUACCUCAAUUUCAGGGCAGCCAAUAUUCAAUUAUCUUUAUGCUGAAGAUCAACAAAACAUGGAUGAGUGAAAAGAUAGGUAAGGCAAAACUUAGCCACCAUUUGCAAAAUCAUUUUUAACCUCUGUAGUUAUACUGCUGGUUUGCAGCGAGCAACAGGCUUCAAAAUGUCAAAUAUCGUCCCUUCUCCCUUUCCCUAGUCACUGUCCAAUAGAGGUAUUCAUGAACUGGCCAAAAGCCAGAAUCCAGGCACCCAGGAGGAGGAAAAGAAAAGGUAAAGGAGCACCAUUGACCUGAAGUAAGUAACUUCCCAAAGAUAAUUGAGAGUUGACUACAAAAAGGCAUUUCAACCAUACAGAGCUAUUGUUAGGUAAUUCUGUCUAGCAUUAGCACAAGCAAAUUCAGCUGCCAGCUUAAACAGGUACAUGCUUUAUCUGUAUAUUUAACUGGAAACCUAGAGAGAUCCAUUCAAUUGUUCCAGAAGCUGAAUUUUCAACCAAAUGAAGUGAUGUGCAUAGAGAUAAAAAAGAAAACACACACACACACACACAUUGCAUGAUUAGCAUUAGGUUAGAAACUAGACUAUGAAAUGGCAAUACUUUUUUAAAAACAAGGCAGAUUUGUAAUAUGUUUGUUCACUGUGCAAAGGUACUGUACCUUGUACAAAAUAAAAUGAAUUUCUCUCAACCUGCGUUUCUCAAAUUACUUUGAUUUACAGAUCAUAAGAAUUCUUAAAUUGCAUUGUAAACUGAUUAUAUUUCCAGAUUCUACUUUAUAGGGGUAAAGACAGGAUUAAUCCAAACCCUAUGUAAGAAUUUGUCAUCAUAAGCCAAUAUACCUUAAAAAUGAAAAAGGAAUAUCUAAAGAAUGCAAAGAAGUUCUUUUCUUUGAGAAGGUGAAAAAAGGGUUCAGCAUAUUUUCCUCAUUCUUGAAAAAUCUUACAUGCACAUCAAUAUCACACACAAGGGCCUUACUAGUCUCACUGCAUUCAUAAGGAUGAGCAAACAAAGAUAACCAUUGCGGCUUGUCUUCAGCUGAAAAAAAAAAAAGGACAAAGGUACUUCUAUGGAAUGCAAUAAAGGGAAAUGCUGGGACCACUUCAUUUACAUAAAUGUGAUAAAUAGUUUUCCUCCGGCCAAAGUUAACAAGCAGCAUGGCCAGUUAGGGAUAUAGCUGCUUCACUACCUUUUAAAACAAAAUUCUCAUUAGUAAAGAAGCUACAGGAAUAGUUCUGUAAUAAAAAUGCAGACACUGAAUCAGAGCUCACUGAAUUCAGUCAAGUGAUACAAGUUUUAAGAUUUAUCCCCUGUACUUUCAAAGCUUUUGUAUGUAAUCUGCUUAAAAAUCACACCAAAGUCCUUUGACUUCAGUGUGUAAGACUUAAAUGAUAUUUAAGAAGUAAUUCCAGUUUAAUACAGUGUCUAAGUAAAAAAGAAAAAGAUCACUUUAUACCAUUGCUAAAAGAUUAAUAUUCAUCAGAAACAAAGAGUAACUUGAGGGAUCUUGCUAACAGAUAAUUCUCAACAGCAAGGGUUUAAUAUUUGAGAGAAAGACAAAUGUAAUGAAGAAUUAUGGUGCAAAAAGAAGAUUUACCAAGAAUUUUAGUGCAUAAGUUCAUUACCAAAACAAGAUGGCUGAAUAUUACUACAUACACUCAUCACUGGGGACUGCUGCAUGGGAUAUUCUUAAACCAGAAGCUGGAUGAACAUCAGCAAUUACAUCAGUUAGUGACCUAUUUGAUCAAGCCAAAAUUAUUUACUACAAAAGAAAAAUACUACUACACUGUAGGGAAGAAAUAAGUAAGCACUUUUAUGUGGCAACAAUCAUUCUCAAAAGUGACUGGCUGUUGGGGACAACUAGGUGGCACAGUGGAUAGAGUGCCAGCCCUGGAGUCAGGAGGACCUGAGUUCAAA